AUGACUGCAGAUAAGCCAGUGCCCCAUAGAAUUGUUGUAUUGACCAAUGGUUGCUCAAUGGGAAAGUUAGAGCUUUUUGAGCUGCCAAAUCCUUCCAAUAUCGCGUCUAAACGUCCCAUUAAAGUGUUCAUCAGCAAUGGGAAAGUGUUCCAGCUAAAAAAAAAGGAAUUUAGUCGAGGUUGUGAGUUCAACAGGGCCCGUGACUCUGCUAACGAAAGUUACCAUUACAAUUCAUGCGCUGAACCCAUAAAAUCUGGUAUUUUGGUGAAUAACGCGCAGCGUCAAGAUGGAUGGCUACUGAGUGACGGAUCAUUCGAGUUUUCCACCGCAUACGAUCUUGGUUUCAGCUUAUGUGGUGCCUUCUACCGGGAUACUAUAAGCAAAGAUGAAAACCAGUACCAGCAAUCUGAGGUUGCUGGGACUACUGCGGCUUCCAUCGAGAAUAGAUUUCUCAUGACACGAGAUUUUCUUGGUAGUUUAGUGGACCAGCACAGUCCCAAUUGGACUUACGUACCAAUUGAAUGCCUUGAAAGUUCUUUAAAGCGUCUGUGCGAGUAUGUGGAAGAGGCCGGUGACGUUUACUACAAAAUGAGCUCUGCCAAGAUCACACAGUGGCUCGCAGCUAAGGUCAAGAAGAUCAUCGAAUCGUUUCCCAAAAGUGUGCCCUUGCCAAGAAAUAUUCCCUGCGAAAUUGAGACACAUUGCAAAGCGGUUUUCGCCUGUAAUUUGCUAAUCUCUCUGGUGCCACAUCGAGCCUAUCACGACCUUAUUCGGUAUGAAGACCAAGAUCUGAACCUUGCUGAAGCCUUCCGGCAGUACAAAAUAUUCCAAGAUAAUGAAGUAAGGCUCAGAAAGGAACAAGAGCUGCUGAUCGAGUCUGCGAUAAAGGUGGGUUUAACCAAAGGGUCAACCAAGAACCCCGUUGCCAAGAAAGUUACCAAAGUGGUCAAAACCAAUAAAAUCAAAACAGGAAAAGGAGCAAUUGACGGAUUCUUUAAAAGGAAAGGGACGACCUGA